UGAUGAUGUUGAAGACUUAGCUGUUGAAAAUUGAAGGGAUUUUCUUAACAGCGAGCUAUUUCCUGUAAGUGCUUAAGGAAGUGAUUAUUUUAGAUUAAUAUUCAUUUUAAAAACUAUCUUUACUCGAAUUUUGCAUUUAGUGUGUUCGCUCGGUUGAACUAUGGUCAGCAGGAACGAAAUCAGAGAAAUCAUCGAUUCAUAAUGGUUAUAUACAAAUGAUUGAUAUUGCUAAACAUUUUAUAUACAUUGAAAAUCAGUUAUUUAUUACUAUUGUUCAAGAUUCAGUAGUUCAAAACCAAUUAGCUAAUGUUCUUUUUCGACGUAUUAUAGAACGAGCACAUAAAAAUGCUAAAAAAUUUUGUGUUUGCGUUGUUCUUCCUCUGUUACCUGAUUUUGAUAACAUGAAUACUGUACAAGCUGUACUCUAUUUUAUUAUGAUAAAUCAUUAUUCAAAAGACUUGAAAAUGCAGGCAAAUUAA